GCAUAGCGUUUUCCAUCAGACAUGUGGAAAAAAGGCUACCACCAGCCGCUAGGGGUAUGUGCAGAAAGGGGGAUGUUAUGUAUCUAAUGUUCUUCCUCCUCUCCUUUUUUCUUUUGAUUUCUCUUUUUAGUCUGGUGAACUAACACAUUCUUUGACGGCAAGAUCUACUUUUGGCAGCAGGAAUUUAAACAAUCUGGAGACUACGUUUUUGACUCUGACCCCUUUGAGUUCGGAACAAAUUUCCAAAGAGACGAUCAUUUCGCUGACAGCACCUCCGAUGCAAUGGAGGCCAAUCCAUCAUCUAUCAGCAUUAAGAACUGUUCAUCUUCGCACAUAUCACAUGGCCUUGGAAGCAACAACCACAGCAAUAACUCAGCCUUGUCCCUACCGAGCUCCUCGUCCUCAAAAGGCUUUUUUAAAACGAUAUCAUCCUUGGCGUACAACGAAUUGUCACCAAAAAAACAAUCAGCCUGGGGUUGUGUCGAAAUCUUUUUUGGAUGUCGUCAGAGAACAGUCCAAGGUACGUUCUAUGUCCCCCGACCGCAUGUCCACCAGUUCUAACCGUUCCAAUCGUUCGAGCAGCUCUUUGAGCAUCUCUAGGACACACUCUAAUACCCUGGCGAAGCUAGGUCUGUCUUCCAAAUCGAACAAGAAGUCAAGUGAGAGUCCGUUUGAUGACUCCGAUGACGACUGGAAUGACACGUUGGAUGAUUUUAAUGAUGUGAAAACAGCAAAUAAUGGCCUGCCCAAUAACCUAGCCCUAGAUAAGCUCACAAUAGACGAUAAUGAUAACAGUGUUAAUACAGAGACCGGCAAAGAAAUUGAGCAGACACUAUUGAACGAGGAGACAGAUGUUAAUUACCCGUUCUUGAAAAAAGACUAUCAGGAUAUAGUCAAAGAUCCUUUUUCUAUAUUGUCUGUACAGAAGCCCCCUCGUGACGAUAUCAUCAAAUACAAUAAAAUUGUCAAAGAACUAACAAAAACAACUUUUGAGCUAGCUGAUUUGAGAAAACAAUCCUGGGGUGGAAUCCCAGCUUCUUUACGUUCAUUAGUGUGGCAGAUUCUUGUCGGCUAUCUUUCUACAAACAAAACUACGAGAGCAUCGGUGUUGAGCAGAAAACGUAAAGAAUAUGUCAACAGUAUAACAAGACUUUUCAGGUCAGAGAAAGACCAAACAAUAUGGCAUCAGAUCAAAAUAGACGUUUUGCGUACUAAUCCAAGCAUAAAACUGUAUUCAUAUGAAGCAACACAUCGAUCGUUGGAAAAAAUACUUUAUCUUUGGGCAAUCAGACAUCCCGCCAGCGGUUAUGUUCAGGGUAUAAACGAUUUGGUUACGCCAUUUUUUCAGAUCUUCCUUGCUCAUUACUUGGCGUCUAGUGUUGAUGUCAAUGAAUUUGACCCCCAGUGCAUGCCGAAGGAGCUUUUGAAUGUGAUCGAAGCAGAUACUUACUGGUGCUUCACCAAGGUAUUGGAUACCAUCCAGGAUAACUUUAUCCACGAGCAACCCGGAAUUAUAAGACAAAUAACAGAGUUGAAAAACUUGAUCAAAAGAGAUGAACCCCAAUUGGCAUCACACUUUAAGAGAGAAAAUUUAGAUUUCAUUCAGUUUGCUUUCAGAUGGAUGAACUGCAUGCUAAUGCGAGAGUUUAAGCUGAACUUGAUCAUACGUAUGUGGGAUACAUACUUGAGCGAUUUCCCUACGGGGUUUAGUCAGUUUCACAUUUACGUCUGUUGCGCAUUUUUAAGAAGAUUUAGCGAUGAUUUGCUGGAUAUGGAGUUCCAGGAUAUAAUCAUGUUUUUGCAGGACACAUCGAAAACAGCAGACUGGACGGAAGAUGACAUAGAGAUGAUGUUAAGUGAAGCAUAUGUUUGGCAAUCACUCUACGAAAAUGCAUCUGCGCAUCUUAAAUAGCUGAGACUUUUUUCUAUAUGUAGUAGGAAUAAGUAGUUACUUGAGCUAAAUAACUAGAGAAA